AUGUGUGUAAUUCGUGAGGACAUUUGCGACUGGCUGCAGCGCUAUGUUUUUAGCGAAGCUCAAGUUGCACCCCUUGAUGACCCCUGUGAUUUGCUUGAACGUCUCAAAUCUGGCGUCUGGCUUGCUCGUCUGGCUCACAAGCUUCACUUCAAGGUUGUCCUUGCUGCCAACCUGCCACGUACUCGCGGGGUCAAGGUCACCUCACGGGAGCACAAACUCUAUGCCAGUCUCCGAGGCACUGGGCCUAGUAACGCUUUAGGUCAGUUGACAGCUGAGAACCUACCGGCCUUUUCCCAGCCCCUAAAGCACGCUGCAGAGUCGCGCCUCUCUGAGUCCGAUGUGGCAACUAGAGGGUUCGCGCCUGUCCCUCUUGAUCACUCCUCCUUUGGUUCUACGCCUACUCUUAAUGAUUUUGGUAUGCGGUUGCGGAACCAUUGGACUGCUAGAGGAAAUAUCUCAGCGUUCUUGGAGUGGUGUCAUGGUCUGGGCAUUUCUGAGACGGUCCUGUUUGAAACCACUGGACUGGUAAACCGAACCGAGGAAAAGAACGUCCUCCUCACCUUAAUGGAUCUGGCUCGUCUAGCUAGUCGUUUUGGACUGGCAGAAUUGCCUGAGUUGGUACGCAUGGAACGCGAGAUCGAGGCGUUAGAGGCUGCUGCGGCGGCAGCGGCAGCGAGGACGUCAUCUUCAGUUGGAACAUUGGCCGAGGAGCACACCAAAGUGGAUGCCAGCGUCUACGCUUCUCGUGUUGCCGAGAGAAAACUCAGCAUGACUUCACUUGCCACAAGUCCAUCUCACUCACCUAAUUUCGCCUCCUCCUCCCUCUCCUCUCCCUCGUCUGAAAAUGACUUCUAUGAUUCCAGUAUUGCCUCAACUAACACAGAGCCAGUGGUUCGGUACUGCUCCACAAACACUGUUGGAACAACUGCAGUAGAGGUCUUAGUGGACGUUUCAACUGAGGCAGACGAGGCAAGUAGAGAGGACAAGUCGUUGAAUGGAGGAAAAACGGAUUCUUCCACUCUGGUAGAGCGAAUGAGUUUGGAUGGUACUUCGACCACUGCUACUAACAUCGCCAUGAUGUCAGAUGCGACUGACGCAUCCUGUCAGGCAAAAACACGUAAUAAGUCUCGAGGUUUAUCCGCCGGCAGGAAGUCCACCAAUAAUAAUGCAAACACGGUCACCGUCUUUGUUGACAUUGGUGAGAAUGGUGAUGCUGUGAACAAACCUACCAGAACAGCCACUCUGCCACCACUUAAGGGCUCCCAGACAACACCCAGAGCGAAGCCCCGGGCAGUCAGAAAGACACCCCUACCAAAGAACAACUUCGGCACCAACAGUCGUGUCGACGUUGUCAAGCGUUCCACUUCAGCUGCAGAUCUGCGAGACCUGGGGAAAUCGCAGUCCAAAAGAAGGAAUACAAGAGAGGGUCGUGAUGGGACGACACAAAGAGAGCGUCUAACGAAGUCGCAGGUUGAAACCAAGGCUGCGGCUACUGCCAAUAAAACAGCUUCAGCCAGUCAGCAAACUCGAUCCCGCAGUCAGGUGCGAGCCCCAUUGGCGGAUCGAAACCAGGUGGGCCGAACGGCGACAGCAAAAUCUCAGCCACCGCAUCCUCCUACCUCUGCCUCCUCCAAACUCUCCUCCGGUUUUGCCAGCCACUCCUCCUCCUGCUCGGAUCUUGCAGCUGAGGUGGACGUUAGUUGGGCUGAAUUCUACUUUCAUCCCGAUUUACCUCGGGACUGGAAAAAACUUGUGUAUUUCGUGCGAAAACAAACAGCUCACUGCACUUGCUGUGCUCGAAACCGACUGAUUCGUCUGGAUGAGGGUCGCUACCAGAUGGGCUCGAGGAUUUACUAUAUACGCCGAUUCCACGCUCACGUGAUGGUGCGUGUGGGAGGUGGGUGGUUGACCCUCCGCCAAUUCCUUGAUCGGUACGAUCCCUGUCGACAGAAGGAGGGUGAGCUGCAGAGCAUCACCUCCUCCAAUGCCCACAUCAAUGGGGAGGUAGGAACAACGGUUCGAGUGCCUGCCUCUGACAUCCUAAAGGAAUGGCCGUCUGAGGAGGUGCUGAAGACGAAUUCUCGAUGA